AUGGCGACUUCUACACAAUUAUCCACGCCUCCUGUCGCUCAGCACAGUGACCUGGAGUUACAGAACUUAGUUCUCGAAACGGGAGAUGGCGAGCAGUCCGCCGUUGGUGUUGUUUCUGAUCAGCAACCAGCUCAACCAGCUCAACCAGAGGAUGGCGCACCAGUUGACGCCAACAGCGAAGGUCUACAUGGAGCGAUAAAGCCUGACCUUUCCGCGGAGACUUUUUCUGAAGAAGUCCUUGAGGCGAUAAAGAAGUUACAUCAGGCCUGGGAUGAUUACACGAAUGAUAAAUGGAGCGGCGGUUCCUAUUCGCAUCAAGAUCUGACCGGUGCGGCAAAGAUUCUGCGUUAUUUUGAGAGAAAGUUGUCACUAAAGUCAAGAAUUGCACAAAGUGAAAUGCUGUCGUUCAUGAUUCAAUCAUAUUUCCGGCUGGUGGAUGACCGUUUAUUCGCCCUCGAAAGGGAUACUGCAACCCAACAAGCCAGUCCAGAUGCAGGCGAAGAAAAGAUGUGUGAAAAGACCGACAAGGGUAAUGAAGCCGAAAAAGUCUCCUCCGAGGCCACGAUCCCAAGCAAGAACCCGGUCCUGUGGCGGGACUUUAAACGAAAGGAGGAACAGGAGAAGAUUAGCAAUGUUCAUGCCAUCGACGUCCUCAUUGGCGAGGCGGUCAUUCCACAUAAUAUCUGGCCGAAUUUCCAUGCAAGAAACAUCCUUUGCCUGCAAGACAUACGCCGGUCCUGGUUCUUGCGAGAUAUAAUGCGCUUUCAGGACGAAAACGAAACCCCGAAGGAUGCUCCGAUUACAGCAAACGCGUCGCAACUGGCCGCGGGGGAUUAUUCGCCAAUGCCGGAUCGGAUCCGCAUCAACGGAACGUCCCUACAGAAACUACUGGAGAAGGUUCUGGAUUUAGAGCUCUAUAAGGAGGGCUCACCGAUUGUCUUGCUCAAACCAUAUAAGAUUCUUGCGCAGCAUGAAAAGACAAUCCGUGGUGUCCACGCGCAGUUGCGAAGGAAAUUUGGGCCGACCCCCACCGGAGAACCGUCCCCGACCUCGACUUCGAGCCAGAAUCCCGGCAGCUCUCAUCAGUUCCACCAAGGCGGGAGCUCUCGCGACGAGGAAGAAGAGAGGAUGUUGGAAUAA